AUGCCUACCCAAGUCCGUAUUUUCACCUUGCCCAAGUCUAUCGGAGAGACUCUCUCGUCUGCUCCUAGCACGCCGGCUCCUCGUCCGGUUCCUAUAAACGGGCACGUACCCAACGGGAUCCCUCAGCCGAACCAAGUCCCCAAUAGGAUGGGUGUAAAUGAGAACAGGUCCUACCCGGGCGUCACUUUUGCCCAACAGGAUAAGCUGCCAAAGCUGCCAAUCCCUGAGCUGGCCGGCACCUGCGACAAGUACUUGGCUGCUCUCAAGCCCCUGCAGUCACCUCGCGAGCACUCCGACACGAAACAGGCUGUCCACGAAUUCCUGAGCAAUGAAGGGCCUGAGCUACAGGAGAAGCUGAAGAGGUAUGCCGAAGGACGGACAAGCUAUAUCGAGCAGUUCUGGUACGACUCGUACCUGAAUUACGACAACCCGGUCGUGCUCAAUUUGAAUCCCUUCUUCUUGUUGGAAGAUGACCCGACUCCGGCUCGAAACAACCAGGUCACCCGCGCGGCCUCGCUGGUGGUGUCAGCCCUGGAGUUUGUGCGGGCUGUCCGCAAGGAGGAGCUGCCGCCAGACUCCAUCAAAGGGACUGCCAUGGAUAUGUACCAGUACUCGAGGCUCUUUGGCACAGCAAGGGUUCCGACCGAGGCUGGCUGCCAGAUUGAACAGGAUCCCGAGUCAAAGCACCUUGUCGUCAUGUGCCAUGGGCAGUUUUACUGGUUUGACGUUCUCGACGACAACUCGGACCUCAUCAUGACAGAGAAGGAUGUGUCGAUUAAUUUGCAGACAAUCAUCGACGACGCAGCCCAGAUGCCGAUCCAGGAUGCGGCAAAGGGGGCGUUGGGUGUGCUCAGCACGGAGAACAGAAAGGUGUGGUCCGGGCUCCGGGACGUCCUGACCAGAGAAGAAGGGUCAAACAACGCCGACUGUCUCGGGAUAGUCGACUCGGCCUUGUUCAUUGUCUGUCUCGACUAUACGGAGCCUGCCACGGCGUCGGCUCUUUGCCAGAACAUGCUCUGUGGAACGAGCGAGAUCGAGAAGGGCGUGCAGAUCGGCACCUGCACUAACCGCUGGUACGACAAGCUUCAAAUUAUUGUCUGCAAGAACGGCAGCGCCGGCAUCAAUUUCGAGCACACUGGCGUCGAUGGCCACACCGUCCUCAGGUUCGCCAGCGAUGUGUACACAGAUACGAUCUUACGCCCUGAUCCUUCCAAGCGUGACCCUGACAGCUUCGGAGACGUGAACACGACGCCACACAAGCUGGAGUGGGACAUGAUCCCCGAGCUCAAGAUUGCCGUGCGCUUUGCGGAAACGCGGCUCGCCGACCUCAUCGAGCAGAAUGAGUUCCAGUGUCUUGACUUCCAAGGAUACGGGAAGAACUUCAUCACGUCAAUGGGCUUCUCGCCCGACGCCUUCAUCCAGAUGGCCUUCCAGGCCGCUUACUACGGCCUGUACGGCCGGAUCGAGUGUACCUACGAGCCAGCCAUGACCAAGAUGUUCUUGCACGGCCGAACGGAAGCGGUCCGGACCGUCUCGGAUGAGUCUGUCAACUUCGUGCAGACAUUUUGGGCCGACAACCCGGCGGAGCAGAAGGUAGAGGCUCUCAAGAGGGCGUGUCAGACCCAUGUGAGCAGCACCAAGGAGUGCGCCAAGGGCCAGGGCUGCGAUAGGCACCUGUAUGCGCUCUUCUGCCUCUGGCAGCGCCUCAUGGACGAGACGGCAGUAAGCGGGAGCACGGGCAGCAGCGGGUACACCUCUCCCGUCGACGGCGCAAGCAGCCCCGAGCCCGGGGCCGCCAGCCCCACCAGGGACUCGGCCGUAUCGGGCGACAGUGAGCACACGACGCAGAACAUGGUGACGCGGGCGCGGGGCGACAGCACCAACUCCCGCGGGGGGUCGCAGCAGCAGCUGCCGCUCAUCUUCGCGGACUCGGGCUGGGACAAGCUCAACAACACCAUCAUGUCGACGUCCAACUGCGGCAACCCGUCGCUGCGGCAGUUCGGGUUCGGCCCCGUCAGUGGCGACGGCUUCGGCAUCGGGUACAUCAUCAAGGACGACGGCAUCGCCAUCUGCGUCAGCAGCAAGCACCGACAGACCAAGCGCUUCAUCGACACGCUCGAGAGCUACCUGCUUGAGAUCCGCCGCAUCCUUCGCAUCACCAGCCGUCACCAUUCGGCGCCCAAGCAGACCCGCGCCCGGGAGAUCGACCGCUCCACCCACCAUCACCGCAAGCCCACCUUCAACAGGCUCAAGAGCAGGGGCCGCCUCAUCACCGGCCCGACCGCCGAGACCAUCCGCACCCAAAAGCUGGGCAGCGCCGCCGGCACGCAGAGCCCAACCGACGAGAGCGUCACGCUCAGCGAGGAUGACGAGCUGGGGGGAUAUGGUUUCUUUGAUGCGGGCAUGCUCCUUCAGGCUCUCAAGGCGCGUGGCGAGGUUGACGGGGGCGAGACCAAGGCUUCCGAGCGGGCUGCUGUGCAGGCCAGGAGGCGGGAUGUGGGCAAGAGGUUGCGGUUGAUUGAUUACUGA